AUGAUAAUUGCUCACUGUGACUUAAAAUCUAGCAACAUACUCCUUGAUGAAGAGAUUACUGCCCAUGUUGGUGACUUUGGAUUGGCAAAAUUUCUCUUCAAAUCACCAUUGAACAAACAAAUUUCUAUUACAUUAAAGGGUUCUAUAGGUGAUAUCCCACCAGAAUAUGGAUCAGGUGUAAAUGUAUCCACUCUUGGAGAUAUUUAUAGCUUCGGUAUCAUGUUGCUAGAGUUGUUCACUGGUAGGAGACCGACUGAUGAGAUCGUUAAAGAUGGACUGAAUAAUCAGCAAUAUAUCAAAACUAAUUUACCUAGACAUGUCAUGGAUAUAGUUGAUCCAUCGUUGCUUUUACUGUAUGAUAAACAUAACAAACACAAUGACAAUACAAGUGAUUUGGAAGAAAAGGCAAUACUUCAAGAUGAUGAGUAUAUACUGAAGCUAAAUGCCAAUUUCUAUUAA